AUGAAAGACGGAAGCAAACGGCUAUUGCCGUUCUUGAUCUUGUUUUUACAGAUAAUCCUUCCUAUUACGUCUGCGAAGGCUCUUCACGAUGAGUCGACAUUAAGCACAAAUUCAGACGGCAGCCCUUUACCAGUAGCUGCGCAAUCGCCGACGCCCCAGCAACCUCUCCGAGAACAAGAGGAAGGCAGGAGUAGGAUAGAUGGCAAGGAGCAAGUUGACAAAGCACUUUACUUAUUACGACGACAUGAACGUUUAAAUCCACGACCCUCUCGAAAACCUCCCGGAAUAGUAGCAGCAGUUGGUCAAUAUGUUCUGGCAGCGCUGCCACGGUUAUACAUCCAAGGUCCGCCUUCGGAUGGGUCAGGAGAAAGUGAGGGAUACAAGGCUCUCCCAAAAGCAGUUGCCGAAGGAGUUCGAUUGUUAGAAGAAGCAGCUCAAGUCGAAAAUCCAGACGCCAUGUACCUUCUUGCCCAGAUGAACUUCUAUGGCAAUUUCACACACCCGAACGAUUAUUCAGAAGCCUUCAGGAGGUACCACCAACUAGCCACAUUGAACGGAAAUAGCUCGGCACAGCAUAUGAUUGGUUUUAUGUAUGCCACGGGAAUUGGGGGAGCUGUUGAGAACGACCAAGCAAAGGCGCUACUUUAUCACACAUAUGCGGCUCAAGGGGGAAGUAUAAGAUCCGAGAUGACUGUAGCAUUUCGACAUCAUAGUGGCAUUGGGACAGCGCGGAACUGCGAUUUGGCAGUCAAACACUACAAGAACGUUUCGGACAAGGCUAUUGAGUGGUACAGAUCUGGACCUCCAGGAGGAAUGGCAUGGGUACCUGACUCUUAUCGACUGGCGGAUGAUGAUGGUGGUGUCUAUGGCGAAGGGGCGAGCUUCUCGAGCGCUGGAAACAAUGCCAAUAAAGCUGGGCCGAGCUCAGAUGCCCAUGCAGCUCUGGAUGAUGUUUUGGAGUACCUUGAUUUGAUGUCGAGGAAGGGAGACUUUAAGGCAACCUUUAGUCUGGGACGGAUCCAUUACGAUGGGCAAAAAGGCCUUGCCCGAAAUUUGAAAAGUGCGCAGUGGUAUUUCAUGAGGGUUGCUAAAAUGUACUGGCAAAAGGAUGGCCGCAUAAUCGAUGCCGACAAGCCAGGAUUGGAGAAGAUUGCUACCAAAGCUGCUGGAUACCUAGGCCGUAUGUCCCUACGAGGAGAAGGAGUUGCUCAAAACUUCGAGAAAGCGAACAAUUGGUUACAGCGUGGUGUUAAGAGUGGCGAUGCGGGGUCUCAGUAUGGACUGGGUUUGAUGAAUUUGGAAGGCCUGGGUAUCCCGAAGAACACCAUCAGAGCGACCGAACUAUUCAAGGCCUCUGCAGAGCAAGAUUACGCCCCUGCACAGGUGAGCCUAGGAGCUUUGUACCUAGAUCAAGGCACCCCAAGUGAUAUCCAAGUUGCAAAUCGCUAUUUCGAACUCGCUGCACGGUAUGGCCACAUCGAGGCCUACUACUACCUAGCCGAGCUCAUCAACCAAGGGGUUGGGAGGGACCGAAGCUGUGGGCUUGCAGCUGCUUACUAUAAGAACGUUGCAGAGAAAGCAGAACCGCUACUUUCUUCAUUCUCUGAAGCCAAUCGAGCAUAUGAGGAGGGGAAUUCCGAGUUAGCGCUUGUUGAUUUUAUGCACGCAGCUGAACAAGGCUAUGAGAAAGGCCAGGCGAAUGUAGCAUAUCUUCUCGAUGAGCAAAAGGCCAAAUGGAUUUUGCCAUCUUGGUUAACUCUGUCAAACAACCCUCGACCGAUACUACUUCAAAACGCUGCUCUGGCUCUGAUAUAUUGGACAAGAUCAGCGAAGCAAACUAACAUCGAUUCUAUGGUCAAGAUGGGAGACUACUAUUUAUAUGGAAUUGGGACAGAGCCUGAUAUGGACAAGGCAGCAACUUGCUACAAUUCAGCUUCUGAAUUUCAUCAAAGCGCUCAAGCCUUGUACAAUCUAGGGUGGAUGCAUGAGAAUGGAGUUGGUCUCGAUCAAGACUUUCACCUUGCGAAGAGAUUUUAUGACCACGCCCUAGAAACGAACGAUGAGGCCUAUUUGCCUGUAACAUUGAGCUUGCUUAAAUUGCGACUCCGAAGUGCUUGGAAUACUCUGACACAUGGCAGGGUCAAUUCCAUUCAAGAUGAACCAGCGCCUAAGAAGCAGUGGUCAUUAUCAGAAUGGAUCAGCAACUUUCUUCAAGAUGAUCACCCAUAUUACGGUGAUGCUGAUUAUGAUGAAAACUAUCUUCCAGACAAUGAUCCAAUGCCGGGCGGAGACUCGGAUGGGUUCUACGAUGACGGUAUUGAUGAUGGGCUUUUGGAAAGCGUGCUUAUUAUUGUCCUUGUUACGGCGCUGGCGUUUCUCAUCUACUGGCGCCAGCAGGCCCAGCAGGCACAUAGGCGGCAAGAGGAUGCUGCAAGGGCACGACAGGGAGAUCAGCUAGCUGCUCAGGCACAGGUGCAACAGCCUCAGGGAGGAGAUCGGGGGCUUUUCCCACGGCCUGGAGAUCCAGAAUUUGGGCAAUGGGUGGCUGGUGGAGUAGCACUAACACCUCCCCAAUUCCAAUCCCAAGCACAACCAGCAUCACAAGCAAAGAUGUCAACCCAAGCCGCCAAACGCCGCCGCAUCGACGCAGCCUCCCACGUCCUCGCAAAGCCCUUCCGCUCACCUUUCAAAACGCCCUUCAAAUCCCCCGUCAAAGACACAUUUACAUCUACACCUACACGCGACGCCACCAACACCCCCUCUGUUCUCGCCGACAAGACCCCCAAUAUCUCGUUCCCAAUCCCGUCCCUCGCAACGCCAUCUCGUACCCGCGGCCCCCGCUCUCAGAAAACCUUCUCGUCGCCCGUACAAGCCGCAGCGCUGAAUGCCGAUCCGGAGGUUGCGGCGCUUCUGCGGAGGCAGCUGGAGCUGGAGAGGGAGUUGAGGGAUGUGAAGGAGGGGUUGGAUGUUGCGGAGCAGGCGCGGAAGAUCGAGGCGGAGAGUCGGAGGAAGAGUGUUGUGGGAGGGGGAGUAGAGGUCGAGGUUGAUGGGGAGCUGGUGGAGUUGAUUGGCAGGUGGACGGCCGCUAGUCGACAGGCUGCUGAGGAGCUGUUUGGGCAGGUGAGGGAUAAGGUUAAUAGUGCUGAUAUUCUGGCUGAUGGCAGGAUGGGAGGACCGCGAGCUUGGAAGGAGAUGCAGAAGAAGCAAGAGGAGUUCCAGACUACGUGGGAUCAGCAAGAUGAGCAGAUGAAUACCGGCAAUGGUAAUGAUUCGGACGAUGAUGAGGCAGAGGCAGAAGCUAGGGAGGCUGCGAAGAAAGAUCUCUAUGCCCAGUAUGAUGUGGAUGAGGAAACUGAGAACGAGAAGUCCCAGCGCCCAAAGGGACUUGGUGAUACGGGCGAACGGCCGGGAGAGGAAGAUGAGUUCACGAUGGCUAUGAUGCUCCGGACGCUGAAUGUUGAUCUGGAUAUCAUUGGUUACGACAGAGACCAGCAGAGGUGGCUGGAUUGA